ACAGGCUGCUGGUUUUACUUUCGUUUUCAUGCUUUUGUUUUUGACGUAGCUAUUUCUCUCUGAGUAGAAGUUUGGGUAAGUGACGCUUUUCAUCGUUUUCAAAACCGUUAGAGACAGCGAGGAGAAGAAAAGAGUGUUUUUACUUUUAAAGAAUCAGCGAAGAAGAAAUAAAACGAGAAAACAGAGACUUUCUUUCAGCCUGGUGGUGUUAUCGGACCAGGAAAAGUCUGCUUUGUCAUCAUAGCUAGGCCUCUGUGUAAAAAAUUAAAGCAUUAGAGCUCCUUUAACGUGUUAUCGCUACAGUUUAUACUCGGGUCUGUUGGACCUUAAACGCACACAGUAAACACCGGUCUCUCUCUGUGUGUGGGGCCUCGUCGUCUUUUGGAGCUUCACUUUCGAUUAGACUUUUUCUCUGAACUCAUCCGAUCUAAUGGAGGUUGGUAAGACCUACGCGCAUUUUUCAGAAAUAUCAGCAAAACACCAGACGGUGUGCAGGAGCUUAUUUUAGUUUAUUAAACUCGUUUCUUAGUCUUUUUUCUCCUUUUCAGACCUACCUACUUUUAAAUCACGUCUUAAAACGUAUUUUUAUUCCUUGGCUUUUAACUCAGCAUGAGAGUUGUGUGAUCUCCUCUGUGUCUUUUAUCGUUUUUUUUUUUAUUUGCCCUACUGUGAAGUUUUUGUGUAUUUUAUGAUGUUUUUAUUUUGGCUGCGGUUUUACGUUUUUUACUUGUUUUAGUCACUGUGCAGCACUUGGGUAAACGUAAUGUUUUGUAAAAUGAGCUAUAUAAAUAAAGUGGAUUGAUUGGGUCAGACUGGUUGUCUGUGAGAUCACUGUUUCUAAUGUGAUGGAUAUGCAGCUUUGCCACAUAGAAACUUUAUCCCAGCAUCACAGCUCAGGAAAAAAACGCUGAUGGUUAUUUUCUGUGGAGGUUAUUGAUCCGGGAUUGAUCACUAGUGUUGCCCCCUCCCCUCUAGCUUUGACACACUCAUAGGGCAAACAACAGUAGGAGAGACUGAGAUCAGCUGAUAGAAGGUUUUGUUGUUAGUAUAAUCAGAUACAGCAGAUAGCUGGAACAGUGGUGUUUAUGAAAUAACACACUGAAGACUAUUAUGAAUAUCUAUAGUUUAAAUAUACAGGCUGUUUGGAAAUUAGAAAUAUAAACUCCAUGAUUGGAACAAAUGAUAGACCUCAUGUUUAUUUUAUUCUCUAUUUCAGGUUAAAGUUACUGAAAAUGAUUAAAAGUCCAUAAAAGAUCCUGUCAGUUUAUCCUGGUUUCUGUUCAUAUUAAAUUACACAGGAGAUGUGUCACACUAGGUGUUAUGAAUUACUUUUUGUUUGCUGUUAAUUGUCGGUUGUGGUUGGCAGUGCUGUGUAAACAUGUUUAAAUAUGAGUCUGUCUCCAUCCAGCCAAAUGGUGUGACGCUUUGUUAAAGCUCCAAAAUAAAAUGUGCGCUCCAAACAUGCAGUGAUGCAGUCAUUUAGGGAUGAAGCACCAUUUUGAUGCAAUUGCAUUGAUCAUCUUAAGGCGAGGUUGGCAACAGCACAGCGUAAAUAAAGUAAAGAUUAGCCCACUGUCUGUGAGAGCUGGUAGAAGUUUUUAUGAUGCACAGACUUUCCACUGAUCAGGAAACAGUUCCACCUCUGUAUGACUAAAAAAGAAAUAUUGAUAAAUUACAUGUAAAUAAAGUUGAUAAAUAUUACUUUGACAGUGCUAUUACUAAGGGAGUUUAACCAGUCUGAGCCUCUCUGCUGCUUUUUUAGCAUGUGUGACACCAUCAUGUGAGGACAAGGAUGUGACACUUGUGGUAGUUUCCAGACACUUAAGUGCCGCCAAGAAAAAGUUUCCCCCCUGAAUGAACACAUCGAUAUUGCCAUUCCUUCAAUUAAAUGGACUGUCUGUUAUUCUGAAUAAAUUAUUAAACAUGGAUUGUCAGAAUCUGUGCACAAUGAAGGAGGAUGCAACUUCAUGGAUGCCAGGUGCUGUUAAACACCAUAGAAGAAGAAGGAGCAGUGCUCUCUGAGGCUCUGGUGUGCGUGCGCAGUUUGAAAACUUGGCGAGAGAGCGAGAGAGAGCGCGAAAGAGCGAGAGAGUGAGCGAGACAGAGAGAUUGUACACAAAGGUACAUGAAACAGUGAAAGUAUUCUUUCUGUACAAGUUUUUCUUAGAUCUGUAAGACUAGAUCUAGUCUUUAGCACUGAAUGUAAAGAAAAGUAUUCUUGGAUCUUAUCUACAAUUUGCCCAAAGUGCAGCUACCUCUUAUGGCCAUAAGGUGUCAUCUUUAAUGCACAUUUGUAUGUUUGAUGUUAAUAUUUUGAUGUUCUGCCAACAAAGUACAUUUUGUGUGUUAUUUUAUUUUAUUGCAAAAAAUGGUUAAAUAAUUUCAGUGUGUGUAUAAGUACUUUUUGAACCUUUUGAGCACAUUUCAACAAUACCGUGAUAAUUAUAACCGUGAUAAUUUUGGUCACAAUAACCAUUAUAUGAAAUUUUCAUAUCGUUACAUCCCUAGUUGCAGGGGUCCAGCAGGAGAAAUCCAGCAGGAUCGGGAUUAAGAGAAGUGUCCCUUACAGGGCUCUAGUGUUAAUGAUUAAUGCUGGUCUAUUAUACUUAAAGGCUUUAAACAGUUUGGCCUGUUACAGUCUGAUUAAAUGAGUCUUUCUCUUUAUGCUGUCAUUAAUCAGCUGUUUGUUUUUAACAGGAUGGAGAAGCAGAGACCAGACUCUCCUGGGCCCAGCUUGUUGUCAAUGAAGAGUGACCGGUCCAAAGAUAUCGAUAUUAACUUUAAAGAUGGUAAACCUGCUGAUGGAAGGAUGGAGAAGCAGAGACCAGACUCUCUUGGACCCAGCUUGUUGUCCAUGAAGAGUGACCGGUCCAAAGAUAUUGAUAUUAACUUUAAAGGUGGUAAACCUGCUGAUGGAAGGUAAGAGUCUGAAUCAAAUCUGAUGAUCUGGCUGUUGAUUUAAGACUAAAAUCUUGGCCCAAAGCUUUAUGGUGAGCUGAUGGACUUAUCAGUCUGUUGUUUAAAUGUUGACAUUGCAGUGUUCACCUGUACAACAGUCACCUGUCCAGAAUUCAGUGAUUAAUCCCAACAUGACGACCAUAUCAGUGUGUAUCGAAACAUAAAUCUCCUAACCCAGAAGCAGUCGAUGACAUCUUAGCCAGAAUGAAGGCUUUAUAAAGUAUUAAAAAGUCUAAAAUGUAAACCAAUAAGGUCUUAAAUUAAGUAGAUUUCAGAAUUCACUAUUUUUACAUUAAUUCAAAGAGGUUUCAACUAUCUUUUUGCUUUUGUGCUCUAAAUGGAUGGAGUUCUGGAUGGUUGGUGGAAGUCCACCAUGUCCUAACAAAGCUGCAACAUCAGAGAUAAAAUCAUGGUGUGGCCACAAUAAUCUCCUGACCUCAACCCUAUUGAGAACCUGUGGAGCAUCCUGAAAAAGAAGCUCAGGGAGGCAAUUCUGGCAUCGUCAAAGGAAAUACAGGCAGAAACUCUACAUGGACUUACAAGUUCAAUGGAUGAGCGAGUUGUUAAGGAUGGAGAAGCAGAGACCAGACUCUCUUGGACCCAGCUUGUUGUCCAUGAAGAGUGACCGGUCCAAAGAUAUUGAUAUUAACUUUAAAGGUGGUAAACCUGCUGAUGGAAGACUUCAGCUGCAGAGCUCAGAGCUUCACAGUGAUCAGUCACCCCAGAAGAAUCAGACAGACCUGGACUCCACAUUUAUGCUGCUGGAGGAAAAUAUCAUUACCUUUGUGAAGAACGAACUGAAGGGACUCCAGAGGGUUCUGAGUCCAGAUUCCCCACAAUGCUUUGAGAGUGAAACUGAAGAUAAGGAGCAGCGGGGAGGCUGCACUGAGGCAUUUCUGAAAAUCACGCUCCAUUUCCUGAGGAGAAUGAAGCAGGAGGAGCUAGCUGACUGUCUGCAGAGCAGGACUGCUGCUCCAGUGUGCCGAGAGAAACUAAAGUCUAACCUAAAGAAGAAGUACCAGUGGGUGUUUGAGGGGAUCGCUGAAGCAGGAUACCGAGCCCAUCUGAAUCAGAUCUACACAGAGGUCCACAUCACAGAGGGAGGGACUGGAGAGGUCAACUAUGAACACGAGGUCAGACAGAUCGAAACAACGUCCAGGAAACCACAUAGACCAGAAACAACAAUCAGACAGGAAGACAUCUUCAAAGCUCCACCUGGAAAAGAUGAACCAAUCAGAACAGUGAUGACGAAGGGCGUGGCUGGCAUUGGGAAAACAGUCUUAACCCAGAAGUUUACUCUGGACUGGGCUGAAGGCAAAGUCAACCAGGACAUCCAGUUCACAUUUCCAUUUACUUUCAGAGAGCUGAAUGUGCUGAAAGAGAAAAAAUUCAGCUUGUUAGAGCUCGUUCAUUACUUUUUUCCUGAAACCAAAGAUUCAGGACUCUGCAGGUUUGAAGAGUUCCAGGUCGUGUUCAUCUUUGAUGGUCUGGAUGAGUGUCGACUUCCUCUGGACUUCAACAAAACUAAAAUCCUAACUGAUGUCAGAAAGUCCACCUCAGUGGAUGUGCUGCUGACAAACCUCAUCAGGGGGAACCUGCUUCCAUCUGCUCACCUUUGGAUAACCACACGACCUGCAGCAGCCAAUCAGAUCCCUCCUGGGUGUGUUGACAUGGUGACAGAGGUCAGAGGUUUCACUGACCCUCAGAAGGAGGAGUACUUCAGGAAGAGAUUCAGAAAGAAGAAAGAGAUUGGCAGAAUCAUCUCCCACAUCAAGAGAACCAGAAGCGUCCACAUCAUGUGCCACAUCCCGGUCUUCUGCUGGAUCACUGCUACAGUUCUGGAGUAUGUGCUGAAGAUCAGAGAGGAAGCAGAACUGCCCAAGACCCUGACUAAGAUGUACAUCUACUUCCUGGUGGUUCAGUCUAAAAUGAAAAGCAUCAAGUAUGAUGGAGGAGCUGAGACAGAUCCAUGGUGGAGUUCAGAAAGCAGGAAGAUGAUUGAGUCUCUGGGCAAGCUGGCUUUUGAGCAACUGCAGAAAGGAAACCUGAUCUUCUAUGAACCAGACCUGAUGGAGUGUGGCAUCGAUAUCAGAGCAGCCUCGGUGUACUCAGGAGUGUUCACACAGGUCUUCAGAGAGGAGACAGGACUGUACCAGGACAAGGUGUUCUGCUUCAUCCACCUGAGUGUUCAGGAGUUUCUGGCUGCUCUUCAUGUCCAUCAGACUUUCUUCAACUCUGGAGUUAAUCUAAUGGCAGAAGAAACGUUGACCUCCGAUGAGUCUACAAAGACACAGCUCCAUGAGAGUACAUCAACCUCUGAUGAGUCUAUGAAGACACAGCUCUAUGAGAGUACAUCAACCUCCAGUGAGUCUACGAAGACACAGCUCCAUGAGAGUACAUCAACCUCUGAUGAGUCUAUGAAGACACAGCUCCAUGAGAGUACAUCAACCUCCGAUGAGUCUACAAAAACACAGCUCCAUGAGAGUGCAUCAACCUCCAGUGAGUCUACAAAGACACAGCUCCAUGAGAGUACAUCAACCUCUGAUGAGUCUAUGAAGACACAGCUCUAUGAGAGUACAUCAACCUCCAGUAGGUCUACAAAGACACAGCUCUAUGAGAGAGCCAUAGACCAGACCUUACACAGUCCAAACGGACACCUGGACUUGUUCCUUCGCUUCCUCCUUGGUCUUUCUCUGGAAACCAAUCAGAAACAAAUCAGAGGUCUGCUGACACAAACAGGAAGUAACUCACAAACCAGUCAAAACACAGUCCAGUACAUCAAAAAGAAGAUCAAUGAGGAUCUGUCUGCAGAGAAAAGCAUCAAUCUGUUUCACUGUCUGAAUGAACUGAAUGAUUGUUCUUUAGUGGGCGAGAUCCAACAGUCCCUGUGUUCAGGACGUCUCUCCACAGAGAAACUGUCUCCUGCUCAGUGGUCAGCUCUGGCCUUCAUCUUACUGUCAUCAGAAAAAGAUCUGGACGUGUUUGACCUGAGGGAGUACUCUGCUUCAGAGGAGGCUCUCCUGAGGCUGCUGCCAGUGGUCAAAGCCUCCAACGAAGCUCUGUUGAGCGGCUGUAAUCUCACUGGGAAAAGCUGUAAAGCUCUGUCCACAGUCCUCAGCUCCCAGUCAUCUAGUCUGAAAGAGCUGGACCUGAGUAACAAUCACCUGGAGGAUUCAGGAGUGAAGCUUUUGGUUGCUGGAGCAGAGAGCACAAACUUUGCACUUCAAACUCUAAAGUUGAGUGGCUGUAACCUCUCAGAGAGAGGCUGUGAAGCUCUGUCUUCAGUCCUCAGCUCCUCCAGGCUAAGAGAGCUGGACCUAAGUAACAACAACCUGCAGGAUUCGGGGAUUAGACGAUUCUCUGAUGGACUUUCUACAUUGGAAAUGCUAAGGUUGAGUGGCUGUAACCUCUCAAAGAGAAGCUGUGAAGCUCUGUCCUCAGCCCUCAGCUCCCAGUCCUCCAGUCUCAGAGAGCUCGACCUAAGUAACAACGACCUGCAGGAUUCAGGAGUGAAGCUUUUGUCUGAUGGACUUAAGAGUUCAGACUGCAUACUAGAAUCUCUCAGUCUGUCGGGCUGUCUUAUCUCAGAGGAAGGUUGUGCAUCUCUGGCCUCAGCUCUAACUGCUUCUUCCCACCUGAGAGAGCUGGACCUGAGCUACAAUCAUCCAGGAGAAGGAGGAAGGCAGAUUCUGUCUGCUCGACUGGAGGAUCCACUUUGCAGACUGGAGACACUGAGGUUGGACCACGGUGGACGGCACAGACUGAAACCUGGUCCGAGGAAGUACGCCUGUGAGCUGGAAGUGGACACAAACACAAUGAACAGAAGACUCGAACUGUCUGACAACAACAGGACGGUCACAUGCGUCCAAGAGGUUCUGCCAUAUCCUGAUCAUCCAGACAGAUUUGAGCGUCCUCAGCUGCUGUGUCAGGCUGGUCUGACUGGUCGCUGUUACUGGGAGGUCGAGUGGAAAGGAAGAGUUGAUGUAUCAGUGAGUUACAGAGGAAUCAGCAGGAGAGGAGACAUCAAUGAAUGCGUGUUUGGAUGGAACGAUCAGUCCUGGAGUCUGUACUACUCUGAGGAAUGCUACUCUGUCCAUCACAAUAACAGAAGAACUAUCCUCAUCUCCUCCUCCUCCUCCUCCCCAGCCUCUGGUAGAGUAGCAGUAUAUAUGGAUCAUUCUGCUGGCUCUCUGUCCUUCUACAGAGUCUCCUCUGACACACUGAUCCACCUCCACACCUUCAAGACCACAUUCACUGAACCCCUCUAUCCUGGGUUUGGAUUUGCAGUCUGGGCUCUUGGUUCCUCGGUGUCUCUGUGUGAUUUAUCAGUCAGAGAAAAACAGCUGACUGACUGAAAAUCAGCUGACUGAGUGAAGAUGAGCUGACUGAAGAAGAUCAGCUAACUGAAUGAAGAUCAGCUGACUGAAAAUCUAUGUAACAUUGCUAGUAAUUGUCUGUGAAUACAGUGCUGUACAGUGCUCAUUACCAGUUAUUGCAAACGCUUGAUUUCAGUUAUUGCUGCCAAAGGUGGCACAACCAGUUAUUAGCGUCAGGGGGCAAUUACUUUUUCACACAGGGCCAGAUAGGUUUGGAAUUUCUCCCUUAGAAAAUUAAACAGUCAUUCAGAAACUGCAUUUUGUGUUUACUUGGGUUGUUUUUAUGAAAUGAAAAAGUUGGUUUAAUGAUCCGAAACAUUCAAGUGUGUAAAAUAUGCAAAAACAUCAGGAAUCAGAAAGAGGGCAAAUACUUUUUCAUGACACUGUAAAGACAAUAUAGGCAAAUGCGGUGGAUUAUUUGGAACAAUUGCCAAUUGGAUGAUAAAAAAACAUUGCUUGGAUUUUUGAUAGAUUAGUCGAAAUUCCGAUACCAACAUCAAAAAUAUGUCCGAUACUGCUUAAAAUGAAGGUAUCAGUAAGUACACGAGUUUAUGCACCAAUCCAAUACCAUUUGGUUUAGCUUUAUAUUAUGCUUCAUCUAGCCACGCUAACUGUUAGCACUAUAAACUGGAAAACAAUUCUUCUUUGCCGCUAGAAAACACUGCAUGAGCUAACGUUGGCUGUCAUGGUGGCUGCGUGAUAGUUUUUCUCUGAAUGUGAUCGUUAAAAUGCCUUCAAGACCAGUGCUGUCGCACGGGAAAAGUGACACAGUUCAUCAAAAGUUAACUUUUGAACCAUAAAUCAUUGCCUCUUACUUGUUUUUCCUCUUGAAGCUAGCCACUGUCCCCUCUCACUGACACUAUUGAUGCCUUUGAAACCCUUGCGGCAGCAUUUUCAGCGAGCCUGGGACUUUAAUGAUUAAUUCCACACCAAAUAAACCUGAUAUUGAACGUCUUUCCAUUUUAAUUCAAUUACAAUCAUGUAUUACUGCUAGGUCCAAUGCUUACUUAAAUGCUUACCAUUGUAUUGUAUAUGUUUGUUUUAAUGUUUAACAGUAAAACUCAAUAAUCAGCAGAAGAACACAUUUAGAGUCACAGAGAUGCUGUACAUUAUGAUUCUAUUUGUUGAGCCAUGUUCUGAGUCAAGUAUAGGUCUAAGAUAAUUUGCUAGUCUGCACAGUCAGUCCAGAAAGUUCACACUUGUAUCAGAUCAUUAUUCAGUAGUGGCCGAUACCCAACACCUUCCCUCCUUCCUGUUUUUGGACUAAAUAUUUGACUGCAUUAGAUUGUGUGGACUCUUUCUGAUACAGCAGGACUACUUUUGUUGGACUAUUCUAAUCAGGAGAGAACAGGAGAGAUUCUAAUGGUGUGCCAUGUCUUUUAUUAUUGUUUGUCUGCAGUCUAACAAAAGCAUUUUGUGUCUGCUGUGGUGUUUUUAUCCUGAAAUAGUUAACAGCUUGUGGACUCGUGUAACAUGUUAUAAUAACACUUAGCAAGUAACUGAAUAGUUGCAAAACUGUGGAAGAGGAUUACUGAACAUUCUUCUGGUGAAUAAUUGAAUAAACUGUUUUGAUUCUUCA